AUGUCGGUGUUGCCCUGUCGGAACGAAAGGGGAGGAGGAGAGGAGGAACAGGAGGAGCCGCAGGAAGAGGUGAGUAAAGAUGUGACCGGCUGGCCAAGACGGCUGCAGCGACGAGUCGACAGCGACGAAGAACAGGAGGACGAGACGUCGGUUCCACUUCUGCUUCCUCAGACCGCGCGACGCGACGAAGACGGCGACGCGACGACUGCUACGAUAGCCGGAUGCGUGCCCUCAACAGGGGCGGAGGCGACGGUCACCGAUGGCAGCACUGGGGUGCUUUUCCAUGCUUCGAUCGUUGUCCGAGUCUUGUCCAGGUGUUGGCCGGUGCCGCGACUGCAAGGACGACGCAGCGAAUGCGACUACGACGGCGAUGAUGACGACGACAGCGACAACGACGACCUUCCUCAAUUCGAUUCGACCCGACCGCAGCGUCACCAAUCGACGAGCGUUUCGCGAAGAAUGAACAUAUCAUCAUCGUUCGCCAGCCGUGGUGUUGCUGCUGCAUCAGCAGCUCUUUCAUGGCCGCUGCCGAGCAAACCGAUCAUGAAGCGUGCCGCAGCUGAUGCUUGCGUCAAGCCUUAA